AUGACGACGCGCCCGACGCACAGCCACACGGGCACGCCGCUCCCGGCCAUCCUGAUGCUCCACGGCGGCGGGUCCAACGCGACGGUGUUCAAGAUCCAAGCGCGCCGCCUGCUCUGGACGCUGGAGAAACAGUUCCGCUUCGUGUUCGCGCAGGCCCCGAUCGAGGGCGCGCCGGGGUUCGGCAUGCUCCCCGUCUUCGCCUCGUGCGAGCCCUUUUACCGGUGGGUGUCGCGCAAAUUCCGCGCGGGCGAGUCCGACGUCGAGCCCACGCCCGCGGACGAGGUCGCGCGGCUGGACGCGCAGCUCACGGCCCUGAUGGAGCAGCACGGCGGCGUCGACUCGUUCAAGGGCGUCAUCGGGUUCAGCCAGGGCGCGCGUCUCGUCGCCGGACUGCUGCUGCGGCAGAAGAUCGAGGAGCGCGACCACGCCGGCGGCGUGUCCCGGUGGAAGUUCGGCUUUGGCGUCAUGAUCGGCGGGCCGUUCCCGCCCAUCAGCCUCGCGCAGGACGUCGACCCGGCCGACUAUGCCUUGCUGAAAUCCGUGCCGACGGUGCAUGCGUGGGGCCGCGACGACCACGUCAAGCCCGGGUGUGUCGAGUUGAUGAAGGUGUGCGAGAGCGACCAUUGCUUUCAGAUGGAUUUUGAGGGCGGCCAUCAUUUGCCGCUAAAGGACGUCGAGGCCAAGGAUCUGUGUGAUCUGAUCAUGGCCGCGUGGUACGCCAGUGGCGGCACAUACGGCGUGAGUGCCGAUGAGACGUAUUGA